AUGACUACGGACCGGAACAGUCGUCUUUUUGCAGACCUCAUCAGGAAUGCAAGUAUCUGGUACGGGAAUUUAGCCCCCAACAGGAACGUUGUACGGGUCGGAGAAUACGGAACUAUGAACAAAGAGACAGGAAUAUUUCAGUCAGAGGGAAACAUCUACGAUGACAAUUUUAUAGACCUGGAUGUAUCGAGCCAUCAUCCACUGAAGCAAUGCUCGCCUGAAGACAAUCUGGUGGUGGUAUCCCGGGGUGGCAGAAGGAUGGAUGCAAACUUCAAUAUGCAGGUCGAAGGCCUCCCUGAAUUCGCGAACUGUACCGUCAAGGGACGAUGGAUUUUCGACAACCGUCGAGGAGCGGUCGUUGUCCUACAUAAGCCAGUCGAAUGGAUUAUCGAGAAGAAGGACAAUCUUCAUUCUAAAGUGGCCAAGGCACUCGAAGGGAAGCUCCUUGUCACGAGCCUUAUGGCCUGCCCUAUGUACGCAUUGUUGCUCACUGAGUCCGCCAGUCGUGGUGCCGAAGCCGCUGUAGGAUUGUCACUAAAUGAGGUGGGAGGAUCAGUGUCCGGAAAGUGGCAGGAGUUCGCGACAAACGGGAUGUGGCGAACUGCAGGUGGAAAUGGGAAAUUCACAUUCCAUCCCUUGUACACCUUAGAGAAGGUGGGGAAGGUGCAUCGCUUCAAGAAUCUAUUUUCAAAAAUUAGAGGCCCGGAAGAACUUGAAGACAAAGCCGACGAAGAGUUCGAGCUCAAGUCUUAUCCGCCACCCUGGAAUGUCUUAGAUGACAACGGAGAAGAGAUACUGGACGAGGAUGAGGGUGACAAUAACGAGGUAAACUCCUUACGCUGGCAUUCGUACCUUUACUUACUCAGUAACUCAACUCAGGACGAUACCUGA